AAAACAUUUACAAUUAAAGUGUGUAUGAGUAAAUGCAUGCCAUUAAGUACAUAAAGAGAAAAUGAAAGCGAUAAAUAAAGAGGUCAUCGAAAAUCUGGAAGUUAGAGCAAGAUCAGCAGAGCAAAUAAUUGAGUCUCUACGGACAGAGAUGAGCAUCAGGGAAGGAAACUGGAGGCAUAAAACACUUACGUGAAUGUUGUCUGUACUCUGACUCUUUUUCCCAAGCUGUGCAGUCAGUGGUUCCAAAGAGAAUGAUCCAGCAACUUACAAUUUCAAAAACGUUGUGUGCUCUUAAAGCGGAAAAUGAGUCCUUAAAGCAGGAGGUGGCGUCACUUAUUAGUCAACUUGAGUCAAUAGAGAAGAUAAACAGAGGUGAAGGACAGCAGGUACAUGCAGUACACAAUAUUUCACAAGUAAAUGUUAAGGCACUUGAAAGUGCUCUCACAGCCACUGCAAGUCAACUAGUGUCUUCUGCUGCUGAUACAGAGAGCAGUAGUGCUCCUGCAAAUUGUAAGAAAGAAAAAAAUAAAAAGGACAAGAAUGUAGAAAAUAUGACAAAAAACAAACAAACACAUGAGAAAAAAGAUGGUGGUGGAAAAACUGCAGCAGAUAAAACUAAGAAGGCUGAUGAAUCACAAGAACAAUCGGUAGAUGUAGGAAGAUUAGACCUCAGAGUUGGAAAAAUUGUUAAUGUUAAGAAACAUCCAGAUGCUGAUUCUUUGUAUGUUGAAGAUAUCAAUCUUGGAGAAGACAAGCCACGUACAAUUGUCAGUGGUUUGGUGAAGCAUGUGCCCUUGGAAGAGAUGCAGAAUCGACUUGUGAUUGUUCUUUGCAAUCUGAAGCCAGCUAAAAUGAGAGGAGUGUUAUCCGAAGGAAUGGUUAUGUGUGCAAGCUCACCAGAAAAAGUAGAGGUUUUAGUUCCUCCUCGCACCUGCGUACCAGGUGAUGAGGUGAUUGUUGAUGGGUACCCCAGGAAUCCAGAUGCUGUUCUCAAUCCCAAGAAAAAGGUUUUUGAAACAGUUGCCGUAGAUUUGAAAACAAAUGAUGACAGAGUUGCUACGUAUAAAGGUGUACCCCUCUCUGUUCCAGGAAAAGGUGUUAUCACCUCACCAAGUCUAACAAAUGUUUUUAUAAAAUAAUAAUAGAAAUUUUCAGAUUUGUGGUUUUAAUGCCAGGAGCAUUCCUACUUUGGUAUUAAAUUCAGUUUAGAAAGGUUA